AUGAUUCGAUCACUUAGGCACAAAGCAUCGUUCCUCGCUGUGCUCUUCGUCGCUGCUUGUAGCGUCUCUGAUGCCCUGGCUCUCUCGGCUGCCUCGAUCUUGGACAAAAGGGGACUGGAAUUUCAGUUGCUAGGCACAUCGUCUCCGACUUCGACCCGCAUCUUGACCGCCACUGCCCCACGACGCUCCCCUUACGACGACUCACCCAUCUCGUUCGACGACAUUAUUCAAGGUCACUUCCUGCCAGUGCCGAUCUCGCAGACGCGCAUCGCGCACAUCAUCGAGGGCAACCAGUACCCCGAAACGCUCCUGUUCGCAGAUGUACCUCAACCCAAUUGGGCACCGAUCGUCGAUCUGACGCAGCCGCAGUCGUUCCGAUCGCUCAACGCGCUCCUCCAACGCUACCGCCACCUUCACAUCUAUCGCAACCGAUUCGGCGCCAACUCUGGGGAAUUCGACUCGAUCGUCUUGCUGACUGGUCGAUCGCCCAAGGUCCCGGCAAUCAAUAUCGCUGCUGGAGCACGUGUCUUUGGUCUCAACGAGAGGAUUCGAGAGAUGGAGUCCAUAAGACGUCGCUACGGCAUGAAUGUCGCAUGGGCCAGGUUCCAUAGCUUGUUUAGACCGAUCGAGGGCGAGCAAGCUAACGCCCGUGCCGCUAGCAAGACUUGGGCAGAUAUUGUGGCAUCGCCAUUCGUUCAUUCGGUCGGUAUGCUCGGAAUUGAGCUCAGACAGCACCUGGAUCACUUCAGGAUGGGCAAGUUCUUGAGCAUCGAUGGAAGCCAUGUCUUGGGGAUCCGCAUCAGCCCAGAGGGUGUGGCUGAGCACUACGAACAGGCGCUCCACCAGUUUUUGGUUCCCCUGCGACGGGAACCGUAG